UUCAAUAAUACGCCGUGGGCAAGAGAGGACCUUUUAAUAGUGUCUAAACUAUUAAGUAUUUUCGUUGCUACUUGCUGCGCUGGUAUCACAACUGUUACGGCUAAUCCUGAACGCAAGCGAAACUGAUAUGGGAAGUUAGCCAACAGCAAACCAGCUCAGAAGCUGAUUGUUUCCGAUCGAAGAAAGUUUGUCAGCAGUUCUCGCCUUGCUGACAGUCACAAGAACUAGUUUAGAUGCGUAUAUGCCCCUCGGUGUGGACAGUCAGAUCUGCUACAACAAGCUUCAGGACAGCACGACAGCCAGGUGGGACAGUGGCAGAGGCAGAGCUAUCGGGGAUCAGAUCAGCAGGCAGCGGGGCUCCAUGAGCACAACGGGUCAGCAGCAAGGGGGGGGCCUGCGUUCUCGCCGAGGCCUUGUCCGGGACAAGGACCCUGGGCAAGGCAUGGGCAUGGAGGCGGCCUGCUGGCUGGCCCCCGGAGUCCUGCGCAGGCUGAUUGAGCUUCCCUCGCCCCCCCUGUCGAGACACCAGCUCAAGAGACUGGAGGAACACAGGUACAGCAGUGCUGGGCGCUCCCUGCUGGAGCCUCUGAUGCAGCGUUACUGGGAGUGGCUGGUGGGACAGGUCCCUUCCUGGAUCGCCCCCAACCUUAUCACCAUCAUUGGCCUCGCCACCAAUGUCUUCACCACCCUCGUGCUUGUCUACUACUGCCCAACUGCCACCGAACAGGCUCCUCUCUGGGCGUACUUGUUGUGUGCCGUGGGUCUUUUUAUCUAUCAGUCGUUGGACGCCAUCGAUGGGAAGCAGGCCAGACGCACCAACAGCAGCUCUCCGCUGGGCGAGCUGUUCGACCACGGCUGCGACUCCCUCUCCACGGUGUUUGUGGUGUUGGGGACCAGCAUAGCCGUGCAGCUGGGCACCAACCCGGACUGGAUGUUCUUCUGCUGCUUCGCCGGGAUGUUUAUGUUCUACUGCGCCCACUGGCAGACGUAUGUGUCGGGAACGCUGCGCUUCGGCAUAUUUGACAUAACAGAGGUGCAGAUCUGUCUAGCAGGAAUACAGAUGCUCACAGCUGCUGUCGGCCCCUGCCUGUGGAACAUGAUGGUAAACCUCCUGGCUGCUGCCGCUUGGCUCUCUGCCGUCCGCCUCCACAAUGGCUGCCGACCUGCACGGAGUCAGGCGGAGAAAUCCGACCCGCAGAGCGCCACGCAGAAAGAUGCAGCCAAGUGGCGGCGCUCUGUGCUGAGGAAGCAGCUCCAGGUCCAGCAGCGUGUUGUGGAGGAAGACUCCGGGAAGAUGAUGAUGAUGAUGAUGAGAAUGAUGAUGAUGUGCUGCAUUGAUGUGACUGAGGUGCAAAUCUUCAUUAUAAUCAUGUAUUUGCUGGCCGCCGUGGGAGGAUCUGCUUUUUGGCAGUCACUGAUUCCGGUCCUAAAUAUCCAGAUGAAAAUGCUUCCUGCCAUCUGCACUUUUUUAGGAGCCAUCUUCUCCUGCACCAACUAUUUCAGAGUUAUUUUUACAGGAGGUGUGGGCAAAAAUGGAUCCACAAUAGCGGGAACCAGCGUCCUCUCGCCAGUCCUGCACAUUGGUUCCGUUAUAAUUUUGGCGAUGAUGAUAUACAAGAAGUCUGCGGUCCAGCUCUUUGAGAAACAUCCCUGUCUUUAUAUCCUGGCGUUUGGCUUCGUGUCUGCCAAAAUCACCAAUAAAUUAGUUGUAGCACAUAUGACAAAAAGCGAGAUGCAUCUCCACGAUUUAGCCUUCCUGGGGCCGGGAUUACUGUUCCUGGAUCAGUAUUUCAAUAGUUUUAUCGACGAGUACCUGGUGCUCUGGAUUGCACUGAUAAUUUCCCUGUUUGACUUGGUGCGUUACUGUGUCAGUGUUUGCAACCAGAUUGCCUGCCAUCUUCACAUUUUCGUUUUCAAAAUCAAGCCUUGCUCAGUGCUCAGCUCAGCUCCUCACUGAGGACUCGCCGGCCGAUACUGACUCUGUCCCUUCCGGUUAGUCGCACUCAUCUCCUCCUCCCUCGGUUUUCCACAUAGAGACGCAGGGGACGGCCUGGUAUUAAGUAUGUGCUUCUGCCAACUGAAUGUGAGGACAAAUAAUAUAUAUAGUAGGACAUUGGAAUAUUACUGUCGGUUUCUUUUUCACCAGUGCAGAAUUCAAUUUGUACCAGUUUCAUCUUCUUCUUCUGACAAACUCACGGUUGCAGGGGAAACUUUUCAGGAGAGUACAGGUGCUACUCGGUGUGUUUAAAGAGAGAAACUUACAUGUGUUUUAAAUGUUUAAGUGCAAGAAAAUGUAUAAGAAAUUAAACAAACUGCUUUUCAUGAUUAUAAUUUUUGUAACAUGCGCAUAACUUGACCUUUUGCUAUUGUAAAUACCAUACUGGUACAGUGUCUGUGCUUCUCUUGAGUUGGAGGACUUGCUUUGAUACAUUUCUACAAGCCUUUCUUCAUGUGUGUGAUUUUAAAGCUGCUUCAUCCUCUUCACCCGACUCAAAGUUGUGCCGCCGGUUUGAAUCAGCAGAGUACGCUUUUGGGGGGGGAGGUGUUACAUUUUCCCGGGUUUAUCGCAACGUCUUUCAGGUACAAAACAAGAAAAUCUUCAGGGUUAUUUUUUUCUGUUACGUGCACCUGGAGAUUUUCGGGCUUUUCAGGUUCUGGGGGGGAUUGUAUAUUUGUUUUCGGUGUUGUUUGUGAAGUUAAUACCUCGGUGAAUGGUCGGCAAGAUUAAGCUUCCUGCAGGCUCGAUUUCUUUUUUUACUUCUUGUGCACAAGUUUAAAAGCAGGACACGGCCUCAGAAAUCUCUGUUUCUGCCCGUUAUUUUAAGCUGUUUACAAAGUCACUGAUCACUCCACCAGCCAUCGAACUCCAGCGUGUCCUGCUUGGGUCCAUUUAUUUAAAGUCGAAUCAAGUCUAGUCUGUGUUCAAACAGCUUGCAGCUAUUUAAGUCCAGAAGCGUCAGAGCUGAGGCCGCUUUACGGAGUGAAAUGUUACUACUCUGACUUCCCGUUUCCCCCUUUAAGCGUACCUGCUGCUUCAGAACGGGCGCACGCCUGAGCGGCUGUG